AUGCUUGGUCUCGGUGAUUAUGAGAGCAGCAGCGAGGAUGAGGUAGAGCAGAAGGGUUCUUCUCCCAAUUCUCAGCAGCGUUGUAAAGAUAUUCCCCCUACAGCCUCACAAGCUAGCCAGGACGAAGAUCAUAAAUCUUUCCACCAACAACCAAAAAAGACAUCUGUUCACGUUGCCACCGAUUCAGUCCCAGAAGGACCUGUCCUUGGCCCCGCAUCCAUGGACAUGGCGCCUCUCUCGGAGGACAAGCAUUCGACAAGUGGACGCUCCUCUCCCUUCUCAACUACACGUGGAAUUGUUCAAGACCUCACUCUCCCUCCGGUUCCAAAUCUAGACAUCCCACCAUCACCUCCUGGGUCUCCAAACCCAGCCGUGAACGCGAAAUUCGAACAUUUCCUCUCGCUCAAAAAGCAAGGCGUACACUUCAACUCAAAACUGGCCAGCUCGUCAUCGCUUAAGAAUCCAAGCUUGUUGAAGAAAAUGAUGGAGCAUGCUGGAAUCAAUGAACGAUCGCAAUAUGACACAUCGUUGCCAUCCGACUUGUGGAAUACCUCAAAUUUACCCAAAUGGGGUUUCAAGGAAGAGCUCUUGAGAACCCAGCAAGAUUUUCGUAAACAAUCAGAGGAGAAAAAGGCAUCCGGCCAGCGAAGCUCGGUUGAUUUUGUCUCUGGGUCUGCCUGA